GAUUAUCGAGACGAGAUACUAUACUACAGUCGAGACUUGAGGACACACACAAGUGCAGCAUCGCCUUGCGGGAUCCCAACGCAGAUGUAAACAAAGGCAUAGAAAACGGAGUUUGACAGUUGUAUAUAUUCAUAUAUUUUAAUAUAUAUUACGGUGAGGAGUGAAGCAGUGCCAAUUUGCCUCGUCUGUAAAAGGAAUUGGACUGCUAAAUACUCCUGUUUUUUGUGAAUCAUGUUGCUCUAUAAAGUGAUUGCCGUGGCCUCGGUCGUGGCGAUGACCUUAGCGACCUUUACCUACGGCGAGGAAGAAUCGAUCGACAAGGAGGCGAGGCUCUUCGGCGAUCCGUACGAAUUCUCAGAGGCGCACCCGAGAUUCCGCAGGGCUCCAAUCUUCGGAAUCUUCCAAGGACUUUUUGGCGGCAAGAAGGGCCGGAAACAGAGACCAAAGGGCCAACGUCCUAGACCCUCUUAUGGAGCGCCCCCUGCUCCACCCCCUGCCACGCCCCCUGCUUCGUAUGGGCCCCCUCCGGCGACCCCUAGCACGUCCUACGGGGCUCCCCCGGCGACCCCAAGCACAUCCUACGGGGCUCCCCCGGCGACCCCUAGCACGUCCUACGGGGCUCCCCCAGCGACCCCUAGUACAUCGUAUGGAGCUCCUCCAGCGACCCCUAGCACAUCGUAUGGAGCUCCCCCAGCGACUCCCAGCACGUCGUACGGAGCUCCUCCGGCAACUACUAGACCUCGACCACCCGCAACUCCUCCUAGCACGUCAUACGGACCACCACCAGCUCCUAGACCGACAUACAAUCCCCCGGCACCUGCUCCAAGUCCUUCCUACGGUGCUCCACCAGCGCCGGCUCCAAGUCCUUCUUAUAAUGUUCCUGUACCAGCUCCACGUCCUUCCUAUGGUGCUCCACCAGCGCCGGCUCCAAGUCCUUCUUAUAACGCUCCCGUACCAGCCCCAAGGCCCUCCUACGGUGCUCCACCAGCUCCUGCUCCAAGUCCUUCAUAUAGUGUACCAUCAGGACCGGCUCCAAGUCCUUCAUAUAUUGCCCCUCCAGCUCCUGCUCCAAGUCCUUCAUACAGUGUACCAGGACCAGCUCCAAGUCCUUCAUACAGUGUACCAGGACCAGCUCCAACUCCCAGCUCCUCGUACGGGACGCCCCCUGCUCCUAGCUUUCCUUCUCAGUCAUAUGGUACACCUUUCUAGAUGCGGCUGAAUGUACCGCAAGAAUUUGUCACAGGGCUUUUAGGGGGUAGGGUGUUGGGGGGCUGGGGGGAGGCUGGGUAUUCUAGCCUUGGAGGUUCUUCCAGAUUAUAGGGUAGUCUUCCAGCCUUAAAAGAGUGUUCCAGAUUGUAGAGUAGUGUCUCCAGACCUUGAAGACUGUUCCAGAUUGGAAGAAUAGUGUACUCCAGCCAUAGAAUAAUGUUCCAGAUUUUUGAAUAGUGCUUUCCAGUCAUGAAGAUUGUUCCAGAUUAUGUCCUCCAGUCUGGAAGGGUGUUCCAGUUUAAAAGAAUAGUGUAUUUCAGCCUUGGGAGAAUGUUCCAGAUUAUAGUGUCCUCCAUCCUUAAAGGGUGUUCCAGAUUGUAUGGCAGUGUCUUCCAGCCUGAGAAAGGUGUUCCAAAUUAUAUAUAAUAGUGUCAUCCAGAUUUCAAAAGACUUUAAAACCUACUUUGAAAUGCUUAUACCUCGUUUUUCUAGGACGUAAAAAUACAGUUUAGUGUCCUAUUGUCUGUAAAAUAUAUUUAUUUAAUCCUCCUCUUUCAGAUUUCUCUUAGUGUUUGAAAAAUGAUUCUGUAAAACGGGUAGGUAUAAUGGAAGAUCUCUAUAAAACAAUCUAUCAAACUCUUUCUUUGACUCCCUGUACUAGUGGGAAUAUUUAUAGUGUUGUCACAAACUCCAACACAACUUUUGGUUACCACCAUAGUGUCAGUUUUUCUAAUAAGUAUAACUAAACUUUA